AUGAACUGUCUUGUUUGGAAUUACAGGGGUGCUGCUAAAAAGUCUUUCAAGACAUCCCUCAGAAAUUUCAUUAAAAAGUACAAGAUCAGUUUGGUUGCCAUUUUGGAACCUAGGAUAAGUGGUGCUAUUGCCCAAAAGAAGAUAAAGCAAUUGGGGUUCAAUAAUUCUGUGAUAGAAGAUGCAGUGGGUUUCUCGGGAGGUAUCUGGUUGUUAUGGAAAGAGGAAUUUUGCAAUGUAACCAUUUUAGAGAAAUCGAGCCAAAUUAUUCAUGUCUCAUGCUCCAUGAAUCAGGGGUUAGAUUUUUAUCUUACUGUGGUUUAUGCUAAUCUUAGAGAGGAAGUUCGAGAGGAGCUUUGGAUGGACCUAACAAGAAUUAGUAGCAGUUUAGUAGGUCCCUGGGCUAUGAUGGGGGACUUUAAUGAGAUUGCCUCCGUCAAGGAGAAGAAAGGGGGAGCCCCAAUAUGGGCUGUAAAGGAACUAACUUUACCUGGAGGGGGCCCAAGUGGCUUCAUCUUGAUAGAGUUUUCAAAAGGCUGGACCGUGUGUGCUAAUGCUAAUUGGAGAACAACCUUUGAAGAGGCUACAGUUAGAAGUCUUCCUCGGUUAAACUCAUAUCAUAACCCUCUUCUGCUCUCCCUUUAUCCAAAGAAUCAAGACUGGAGAGAAAGACCGUUCAGGUUUCUGGCUAGCUGGCAGGAUCAUGUUACUUUUCCACAUUUUCUCAAGUUUGUGUGGAAGCCGAAUCUAAACAUCAGGAUCAGCUUGAGCAAUCUGGUUCCUUCCCUUAUAUCGUGGAAUAAGAGGGUUUUCAGGUGUAUCCAAUUGAGGAAAUACUAUCUUCUCAAAAAGAUUCAGGAUAACCAAAACAACUAUGACACUGAUAGGGAUUACGCUCAAACUGAGUUAGAUAUAGCCCUCCAAUGUGAACUUAAUAGGGUCAUGGAUCACGAGGAAGCUUUAUGGUUUCAAAAAGCUAGAUGCAAUUGGAUUGCAAAUGGGGAUCGUAACACUACCUUUUACCAUACUACUAUCAUUAGGAGAGCCAGAAACAGGAUUAGUGAAUUAAAGAAUGAUCAGGGUUACAUGGUGAAGGAAGAAAGUGAGUUGAUUUUGCUGAUUCACUCUUUUUUCAAGAAGUUGUUUUCAGAGGAAGAUGACUGCAGACCCUGGUUUAAUACUACUCAUACCUGGCAUGUUUUGGAGGACUCUGAAUUGAAGGUCAUGCAAGAUCCCAUAACCGAUUCUCAAAUCAGAGAGGUUUGGAAUAGACCUGAGAUGGUGAAAGAGCUAAAUAAAACUCACCUUGUUCUUAUUCCAAAGUUGGCUAAACCCGAAAAAAUCAACCAAUUCAGGCCAAUUGCUCUUUGCUCUGUUAUCUAUAAAGGAAUCAGCAAGUUAAUUGUGGGAAAGCUGAAACCUUUACUAGACAAGCUAAUUUCUCCCCAACAAGUUAGCUUUGUCCCUAACAGACAAAUCCAAGACAAUAUUAUCAUUGCUCAGGAGAUGGUCCAUUCAAUGAGUAGAAUGAAGGGGAAGAGGGGUUUCUUUGCUAUAAAGAUUGAUCUCGAAAAAGCUUAUGAUUGGAUGUCCUGGAAAUUUAUCCAUGAAGUUUUGUCUGAGGCGAACUUCCUAGUAUCUCUGGUUAAUCUAAUCAUGCAAUGCAUCUCCUCCUCUGAGUUGGAAAUCUUUUGGAAUGGCACUCAAGCUGGUAGUAUCUCCCCUAGCAGAGGCUUAAGACAGGGUGAUCCAUUAUCUCCCUAUAUCUUUGUCCUUUGUAUGGAAAAGCUUUCCCAUUUGAUUACGGACUCCUUGGAGAAGAAGGAGUGGAAGCCAAAGAAAGCUGGGAAAGGUGGGCCUUCCAUAUCCCAUCUCUUAUUUGCGGAUGACCUGAUGUUAUUUGGAGAAGCUGAUUCUGACCAAAUAAGGAUUGUGAUGAGCUGUCUAAACAAAUUUGGCAGCAUGUCUGGCCAAAAGGUGAGCCUUAAAAAAUCUAGCAUAUUUUUCUCUAAAAAUGUCCCUCAGGAUGUUGUGAAUGCUAUUGUGGAGAUUAGUGGUUUUGCUCAUACUAAGAAUCUGGGAAGAUAUCUUGGUUAUAAAAGGAAGCAUGGCCGUGUAAGCAAAUUGCACCAUGGAGAAUUAAUGGAUAGGGUCAAUAACAUGCUCCAAGGUUGGGAGAAGCAGUGUUUGUCAAUGGCAGGGAGGAUUACUUUGGCCAAAUCAGUUAUUUCAACUAUUCCUAUGUUCAACAUGCAAAGUAGUCUUCUUCCUAUGGGAAUUUGUGAUGAGAUUGAAAAAUUACAAAGAAAAUUCAGAUGGGGAGAUACUGAUAAUCAAAGAAAGUAUCAUGCGAUUGGCUGGGAUUGUCUUAAGUUGGCUAAAGAUCAAGGUGGUUUAGGCAUCAUAGAUCUCAGAAAGCAGAAUGAAGCUUUUCUCCAAAAGGGUGCCUGGAACAUUACUCAAUUUCCUUUACAAGCAUGGGUUCAAGUUCUUUUUUCUAAAUACAGUAGGAAAAAGGAUUUGAUGAAAGAGGUGAGUUGUAAAACUUAUGAUUCCCACUUGUGGAAAAGUCUGUGCAGAAUUUGGCCAAAAAUGCUCAAUAACACUGUUUGGCAGAUAGGUAAUGGGAGAAAGAUUAAAUUCUGGAAAGAUGACUGGGUGGGAAACAGCAGCAAUCUCAUAUCUAUCACAGCAGCCCCUCCUACAGAUGAAGACUCUGAUUUGACAAUUAAUCAUAGCAAUUUUUGCUCAGAGGAGGGUUGGAACAUGCAAUUUCUGCUAAGUCAUUUUGAUCAAAACACUGUUAAUCUGAUCUUAGCCAUUCCUUAUCCAGAAGAUGGGGUAGGAGAGGAUAUAAUUGUGUGGAAAUAUUGGAAUCCGAAUAGUUCUAUUGUUAAAAUGGCUUAUUGCAGUCAGACAGCUUCAGAUUCUGCUCCUACAGACAGCUGCUGGAACCGUGUUUGGAAGUGGAAAGGAAAAGAGAGAUUCAAGAUACUCUUAUGGAAGAUGCUACAUGGAAGAAUGUUGACAAAAGAUAGAGUUACUAAAUGGAGUGGAGGGUCGAACAACUGCCAUUUAUGUCCAGAUCAAGUGGAGGAGUGCUUACAUGUGUUCAGAGACUGUUUUAUGGCUAAAAAGGUUUGGCUUUUACCUAUGUUUUAUCCUCUUCCCCAAGGAUUUUUCAAUCCUAUUUCGUUCAAGGAGUGGUUAUGUCUUAAUCUAAAUAUUAAUUCAUGCUCUGGAAAGGAUUGGAGAGAUGUUUUCUUUGUAGUUUGCAACUCUCUUUGGAUUUGGAGGAACAAAGAGAUUCAUGAAGAAGGUUACAAGAGACCUGUGGACCCCUCAAUUCCUUUAGCUGCCCAUAUUGAGGAAAUCAGAUGUAGUUUUGUUCACAGGUCCAGAGAGGUUCUUAGCAUACCUGCUCUCAUUAAACCCGAGAAGUGGACAGCACCUAAUCAUGGUUAUUUCAAACUGAAUGUGGAUGGUGCUGUGAAUGGGGGACAGGCUGCUUGUGGAGGUCUCAUAAGGGGUAGAAAUGGUGACUGGAUUGAUGGGUUUUCGAUUUUCUUAGGUUCAUGUUCCCCCUUAAUGGCUGAAUUAUGGGCUGUAUAUCAUGGCCUUGUAUUUGCAUGGAACCACAAUUGGAAACAGAUAACUUUGGAAUCAGAUUCCUCUCAAGCCUUAAGCCUACUUACCCUUAGGGGUAAUGACACUCGAAAACUACCUUUAGUAGCUAAGAUUCGAGUAUUUCUGCAAAAGGAAUGGAAUGUUCAGCUAAAUGGUAUCUCAAGGAAGGCUAAUAUGUGUGUAGAUUGGAUUGCGAAAAAAGCUUUGGAUGAUCAUCCCCUUGGUCUCUCCCCAAUCUCUUCUCCUCGUUGUGCCCUCCUCAACCUGCUAGCUGCUGAUAUUCUGGAUCCUGGGUUGGAUACCGCUGCAAACUAG